GCUGUGCGUAUGCGGAACCUUUGAAGGGGGACGACUUUAAGCGGAGGACACUCGAGUAAAAAUGGCAGACGUACCAGAUAAUGCACCUGAACACUGCCCGGGUACAGAAAGUGAGCAAGCAGGAAAGUCAUCGUCAUGUGAGGGCUGUCCCAACCAGAAGAUAUGUGCUUCUGGAGCCACCAAGGCCCCCGACCCUGCCAUAGCAGAGAUAGGAGCGAAGAUGUCAACAGUCAAACACAAGAUCCUUGUGCUGUCUGGAAAAGGAGGCGUGGGGAAGAGUACCUUCAGUGCUCACCUGGCUCACGCUCUGGCUAGUGACAGCACGAAGGAGGUUGCCCUGCUGGAUAUAGAUAUCUGUGGUCCAUCCAUUCCCAGGAUCAUGGGCUUAGAGGGAGAACAGGUUCACCAGAGCGGCUCAGGAUGGUCUCCUGUUUAUGUGGAUGACAACCUGGCAGUCAUGUCUAUUGGCUUCCUGCUAAGUAGCCCUGAUGAUGCUGUGAUUUGGAGAGGACCAAAGAAGAAUGGGAUGAUCAAGCAGUUCUUGAGGGAUGUCGACUGGGGGGAGCUGGAUUACCUCAUCGUGGACACGCCCCCUGGCACCUCUGACGAACACCUGUCGCUCGUCCAGUACCUGAGCUCCACCCACGUUGACGGAGCAGUCAUCAUCACCACACCACAGGAGGUAUCGUUGCAGGAUGUGCGGAAGGAGAUCAGGUUCUGUCAGAAGGUCAAGCUGCCGAUCAUCGGAGUGGUGGAGAACAUGAGUGGCUUCGUUUGUCCUUCAUGCAAGAACACUUCACAGAUCUUCCCUCCCACCAGCGGCGGCGCAGAGCGAAUGUGUGCGGAUCUCAAUCUUCCCCUGUUAGGAAAGGUACCUCUAGACCCGAGGAUAGCGCGAAGCUGCGACGAGGGCAAGUCUUUCCUCAGCGAAGUCCCCGACUCUCCCGCUGCUAAAGUCUACCUGAACAUCGUGCAGAGUAUUCAGGACUACUGCUCCAACCGUGUGACGGAGGAGAAGAGCAACACCUGAACCCGCUCCGAUGGCAGCCAUAUUGGACCAGAACACAGAGCGAGAUGGCAUGAUGAGAGUGUGGUAGAAAUGAUUAACUACUGAAUAAGAAACACAUUUAGGAGAGCAGAUAUCAUUAAUAAUGAAACAUUCACCAAAAAGCCUGUCAGAAUUAUGUCAAUAUAAUUGUAAUUCAUGACAGGCAGCAGCUUGGUCAGGACCUCGCAGUGCAGUGGAAUAUUGAGAAAGAAUUUCAGCUUUAUAAUGAUGGUUUGUCUUCUUCAAAUAUGCACUUCAACCUAAUUUUGAACAUGAAAGCUUGCAUCAAAAAAAUCAAACAUAACCUCAAAACCACCACUCUGGGGAUACUCUGUAUAUAACAUUUUUAUACUUGAGCUGAGAUAAAUACACUUUUAAAUCCUUGAAGUAUAAUUGAUAUAAGGCAAUAUGACAUGUUUAUCUGAAAGGAUAAAGCUGACGAUAUUCUUAUUUGUUAUUUUCUUAUAAUUAACAUUAAAAAAAAUCAAAUAAAAAUGG